AAUGCGUGCAGCUGUAGCAGCGAUCUCCAUCCUCCCCGCGCCUGCUGGGAGCUGCAGACAGCGCAGCCCGGGCUGGGUGGGAGAUGGCUGCUGCCCUCCGCAUCCACCCGAGCGGAGCCGCGGAGCGCCAGUAUUCACCUAUUCCCGGCUUCUCCGCGCCCGCCUGCUCCCCCAGCGCCCCCGGGUGGGCUCCUCUCGCUGGGGAGGGGAGGAGGAGACUCAGCGCCUCACCUGAAGGAGCUGCGCGUCGGCACCUGCGGCUGCCAGCCAGGGGAGGGGGAGGCUGCUGCCCUCCAGCCCCCUGCUCCCUGGCCCAGCCAGUGCCUUCCCAGGCCAUUGUCUGAGCUGUCACAUGGGCCGUGGUGCUGAAUUUAAGCAGAUUUCCGAAGGACAUGCCACGAGCACUUCCUCCAGCCCGUGGGGACUGCCGGGCGGAGAGCUUCCCCCAGACACCAGCCGCCGCGGGCUUUACGAUGCGCCUGUAGCCUCCCCGAGAUGAGCUCGCCCAUUGCAAAGAGCGAAUCCAAGACUUCGCUGCUGCAGGCCGGGGGGAGCCGGAGGGCUGCGGCAGGAGCGGAGCCCCAGCCCAGGAAGAGCCAUGCCCGGGACGGGAAAGGACAACCCAGGUACCCAGCGAGGGAGCUGAGCCGCCAGGAGCAGCUCCAUGGGGACCCCAGUUCCAGGAGGCCACUUUGCCACCCGGGAGUCAAGGAGAAUGGCGUGAAGGGGCUCAAGAAGCAGUCACAUGGACAGGGCGAGAGCCAGCCGGAGCCAACAGAAGGAGGUCCAAGCAGAGGCAGCCGCAAGGAACAAGCGAGGACAUCUAGGCACCAUCACCACUCUAAGCAGCAGCAUCCCAGCCGGGACCAACAGCAGCGGCACACCCAGAGGGAUGGGGAGGAGAGGGAGGAGGACUUAUUCUUUGGUCACAGAGAGGGGUCUAGCAGAGAGUCCCUAAAGCUCUCUGAAGGCUCGUCACCUCUGUCCAAAUCCAGCAGCAAGUACUCCACCAAGUCCAACAGCAGCGACAGGUCCGGGGAGGCAGAUCCCCUCUUCCACCAGCUGCACCCCAUCCUCAGCUCCGUCUUUGGCCAGAUUCGUCAUGAGGAGAAGACCUGCUAUAAGGCUGUUCAGACCAGUGAAGAGGGGCCGUCAGCCUGCGAGUAUCAAGGUCCACUCAUGAUGCUGGCCCAGAACUGCGCCGUCAUGCACAACCUGCUGGGGCCAGCAUGCAUCUUCCUGAGGAAAGGCUUCGCAGAAAACAGGCAGCCUGACAGAGAACUGCGACCAGAAGAAAUUGAAGAGUUAAGAGAAGCCUUCAAGGAGUUUGAUAAAGACAAGGAUGGGUUUAUCAACUGCAGGGACCUGGGGAACUGCAUGCGGACCAUGGGCUACAUGCCUACCGAGAUGGAGCUCAUAGAGCUAUCCCAGCAGAUCAACAUGAACUUGGGCGGCCAUGUGGAUUUUGAAGAUUUUGUGGAGCUGAUGGGACCAAAGCUUUUGGCAGAAACUGCAGAUAUGAUUGGUGUAAAGGAGCUACGUGAUGCCUUCAGAGAGUUUGACACCAAUGGCGAUGGAGAGAUCAGCACCAGCGAGCUGCGGGAGGCCAUGAAGAAGCUGCUGGGGCAGCAGGUGGGCCAUCGGGAUAUUGAAGAGAUCAUCCGAGAUGUGGACCUGAAUGGAGAUGGGCAUGUGGAUUUUGAAGAGUUUGUUAGGAUGAUGUCCCGUUGAAGGUUACGCUCAUCUGAAGAGGAACCAGCACCUCAGUGAGGGCAGAAGAGACCUGAGUGGAGCAUCUAGCCCUGAUGUUCCCAUGCAAAGGUUUAUAGGCUGGAUGCAUUUGAGACAGUGCGAGAUGACCCGCCUCUCCUGCCCCAAAGUGGUCCCCACACCCCUCCACCCUUUCACACUGUGAAAGACUCAUAACGUCCUAUAACUGGAACUGUUCCUCCGAGAAGGCGACAGCAGGAAACUGCAGCGCCAGGACAAGCCACGAUCUUUUCAUGAGAUGUUUGCAACUUUAGAUUCCUCCCCUCCUGCUUUUAUUCUCCUACCAACUGCUGCAAAGCAAGAGAAGGAGAGACCCUUUUGGAUUGGGGGAUGAAAGCAAAGCCAUCUGGGAUUGGUAGCUGCAGCAGGUCGUGCUCUGCACCUGUUGGAUUCCCUUGGUGAACUGUGUCCGUGUUUGCUGUGUGUCUGUCUGGAGUUAUUUAUGCCUCCCUGGUACAUUCUCGUGUCUCCUGUGGCUACGUUUACCAAGAGCAUCUAGAAAUACAUGUUUGGAAGAAAAAAAAAAAAGGUGAUAAAUGUGCAAACUGAAGCUGUGCGCAGCCCUGGCCUUUCUGUGUGAGGUGAAGGGCGGGCUGGAGGGAGGAGCAUCUGCCAACCGAUCCACUCUAACCAGACUACUUUGGGACCCAUGAUGUGGCUGGGGGGACGAGCUGGAGCCAGGGGAGGUAGAGGCUGCUUGUUGCAGGAUUGGUGACUAGGUGGUUCAGCGUGAGUGAUACCUCCAGCCAUUCUAGCCACAGACAGCGUAAUACAAACACAAGGUAUACAUACUGCCAGGUUCCAAAGACUUAAUGGGCCAAAUUCCUCCUUGCUGGAAAUCCCUUUGUCAGUGGACUUGCACCAGGGAUUACUUUGGCCCAGUGUCUGAGGCUGUACAGUCAUCCAGAACACAGAGACUGUCUGUUGCCUACUAAGAAGUGUACCCUAGAACGCAGCAUGUGACUCUGCAGUAUGUACCAUGAUACUGGCCCCCAGGCUCUUCCUAUCCCUCUUUUAUAGCAUCAGGUGCUACCCCCUCUGUUUUUUCCUUCUCUGUAUCCUAGGCUCUCCCUUGGACUCUCCUGUCCUCCCCUCAUUCUCUGUGUCUCAGGCAGAUGCUGGGGCUGCCCCAUUCACAUCCCCAUUUCUCUAGGCUGGGGCUUUCAGUCACUCACUAGAUCACUGGGCCUAGUUCCUCCUGCAGUUCAAGGGGCAUUGUCCCCUCUCUGGAUUUCUCUCAAGUCUCCUGGGAGCAUUUUCUUCUCCUUGUCUGUCCCUCUUCCCAGGAUAGGACCUGAGGCACAAGAGCCUCCGACUAGCCCAGUGUUGCUAUUCUUCUCUGUCCCAAAGGCACAAUGUCCUGAAUGAGGAUGUUCUCUUGCUUCCAUUUGCUUGUUGCUGUGCCAGUCAGUCUGGCUGCGGCAGUAAUUGACAUUCCAGCAGUGGGAGCGUGUAUGAGAGUAUUUGGAAAGGAGGGUGUUGGCAGAAGGGUGUGUGUGUGUGUGUGUGUGUGUAGGGAAUGCAUGGGGGUGGGCACAUGGCUAUUUGCAUGAGAGAUCUCUGUGUGUGCACGCGCAAUACUGCUAUAGGUAUGUGGGUAUGCCCUCCAGAACUGAAAGGAAAGCGUAUGCCCACCA